CCUCCCUCUACACCGUCCUGGUGGAUCGAGUGAGUGAAGGUGAGGUGACACACAGAUGGCGACGUCCCAGAAACUGGAGGAGCAUUUUCUCACAUGCACCAUAUGUACAGAGGUGUUUGACAAUCCUUGCACCCUUGUGUGUUACCACACCUUCUGUCGGAAAUGUGUCGUCAACUACACCAAAACCAGACCAGAAGCCAUCAGUGCCAAGUCUCUGCUGUGUCCUUUCUGCAGCAAGAUGACGAAAGUGUCUGACCCUGAGAAGCCAGUGGAGGAGUGGGCGGAUGGCGUCAAGCCUAGCUUUGUCAUCCAGGGACUUCUGGACUCGUUUGGUCCUGGAUCCAGAGGUACAACUUACUGCACCUGUUGUCAUGCAGAAGGGGAGACAACUCCAGCAACUGUGUGGUGCUCGGUAUGUGACGAAUCCCUGUGUCACCGAUGUGCAAGGAUGCAUAAACGUUUCCCAUCCACUCGUCAUCAUGAUGUACUUGACCUGUCUGGAGAGGUCGAUAUCUCAAGGAAGCGAAACGUCAUGUGUAAUGAACACAAGGAAGAAUGCAUCAAAUUCCUGUGCAAAGAUUGCAAGAAAGCCACCUGUCAGACCUGUUGUGUUAUCUAUCACAGGAAAUGUGACUCAGUUGUCACACUUGAGUCGGAAUUACCUGCAUUAAAAUCCCAACUGUUGACUGAGAAGGAAAAUAUAUUGAAGAAACAAAUCCUUAUGGAAACGAGAGUCGAUACAGUUAAAUCAAACUUCUCCACUGAAAAAGAUCGGUAUGCCCAAAUAGAAUCAGACAUCAAGUCUUCCGGUAACAAAGCGAGAGAGAAGAUCACUCUCAAGGAAAACAAACUCCUAGAUGAACUGAAAGAAGUUUCAGAAAAGCACAUUGGACAACUGGCAGCUGACAUUAAGUCAGGGGAAAUAUCAGUACAGAUGUGCCGACAACAGGCUGAACUGAUAGACCAGACUCUACGGUCUGAGUGUGACAUGGAUUUGUAUGAGAUGUAUCAGGGAUGUGAGGCUGUCGGGGACACAAACAUGAAGGAUGGGGAAAGAAUAGCGAGCGUCAUGUUCAAACAGGACACGGACGAUCUACAGAUGGGUGAGAUAGUCGUUCUGUAUGAAGGUGUUCCCGUAUUGCAGGACUCCAUUAACGUGCUGGAUCUGACGGUUACGCCUGUGUUACGAGACACGAUUAAGGUCACGGUAGCAGGAGAUGUAAAUGAAUCAAGGCCCAUUGACGUGACAGCGCUAGUGAUACAUGAUACAGAUACAGUUGUAACGGCAGAUGGGAACAACAACUGUGUGAAGUCUUUCUAUUCCAGAGAUUACCAGUCAUGUCAUAGUAAGCUCAGGCUGGGUAGUCAACCGUGGGGUCUGACAAAGUUACAACACAAUCAUGUGGCGGUCACUGUCCAUAAUACAAUCGUAAUUGUUGAUGUCAACCCUGACCUUGUGAUGCUCUCAACAAUCGCAACAAGCAAACAGUACUGUGGUAUAACGUCUCUGACACCAUCAACACUAGCAGCAAGUUCCAAGUCUCCUCCCUGUGUGGAUAUUCUGGACAUGACAGGAAACGUACUGAGGUCAAUCAGCCCACUCAGUGGUGGAGAGAAGAUCCUACAAUCUCCUUUCUUUCUUUGUACCACAGGAACAGGAAACAUCCUUGUGUCGGACUGCACUUCCAGGUGUGUCCUGUGCCUGACAACUGAAGGUGAUGUUGUGUUCACCUACACCUCGACAGGAGACACAGCACUGACAUAUCCGCAGGGCAUCACAAGUACCAGCACAGGCGACAUCCUGGUUGUUGACUCCUGUAAUGUUGUUCAUCUGACUGAGUCAGGACAGUUUGUUAGAAACUUACUAAAUGCAGAUGACGGUGUCUUGUACCCGUACGGAGUUUGUGUAGAUGGACGUGGUCAUGUGUAUGUCUGUAAUUACCACUCAGAUAAAAUCCAAGUAUUCACUUGUAGUGACACAGCAUAGACUAUUGAUUCAUAAUCAAGUGAAUAUUCCAUCUGAAAAUGCCUUAUGUAAACCAAUGCAUGUGUGAAUAUCUUCUUUCAAACUUGUCCGUCAGUUAAGACGACCUGAAUAUGUUAACAUUAUUCAGAAAUGAUUCCAGAACAACUCACACACAAGCUCCUUCCAAUGAUGAAAUCUCGGUAUUUGCAAUACCAGCGUGAUUCACAUAUAUAUCAGUAUUUGACAUAUUAGCAUCCUACCUUAAAAAUCAAAAACUUUGUGCGAAGUAGUGUUUUUUAAACUAUUUCUGUUUUCACAUAUUAUUUUCUGUUAUUUUGUUUUUUAAAUCACAUACCAUAGUCGAAGGCAAAGGACUGAAAUUAAGUUUGGUGU